AUGACUGCUUACCGCGCCUCAUAUCGCGUCACUGCCCCGAUAGACGACUACUUUUCAAACGCACCCGCUACGACCACCCAUGAUUUCGUCGAUGCGGAUGACCACUAUCAGCACAGCGAGGACACGGGUACGCCUACUGUAGGCAUCUACGCGACGGACGGGAUAUGGGAUGAGGAGGACUCGCUGGGGUCGACAGCGAGGUAUUCAUCCUCCAUGUCCGCCGCGCCGUCCAGUAUCAAGACGGGGAAGGGGAGCAUGAAGUCGAGAAGUCGGAGUGGGACCGCCUCGCCUUUUGUGCAGGAUGAGGAGAAGGCGGGGAUCUGGGGCUGGGCGAAGCGAGGAAGGGAUUCCCCUCUGCCCGAGCGGAGUCCGGAGGCGCCAAAGGGGCUCACCAAGAAGGAGAGCAAGGCGAAGCUGAGGGGGAAAGGGCGGAGAGGGGAGCUGCUGGUCGUUGUAUCCCCGGACGAGAAUACUUCUUCCCCUCCUCCUGUUCCGCCGACUCCCCAAUCCUAUAUCCAGACACCCGUUACCGCCUCUCCCGCCUUCUUCAGCCCUCCACAGCACGAGUCCCAGCACGACGAGAACGACCCGUCAGCAACCAAGACGAAGGGGUCGUGGAAGCGAGGGAUGCAGCGGAUGUUCCGGUCAAAGUCGUCGGCGGCGCUCAGGGAGAUAUCCAAUGCUCCCAACGCACCACCUGUACCUGCGCUCCCCUCCAAGCUCCCUCAGUCGAAAUACGCGCUCGGGCAGCCCUUCUCCGCGUCCACACCGCCCAGCUCGGUAGCCAAGCGCUCAGGAGCGGCAGGCGUGGACUUUACCUCCCCAACACCCUCGGGACAGCGCGAGUCAUACGGUCUCUACCCAAAUUUCCCCGCCGACCCCUUCCAGUCCCGCCUGGAUGCGACGUCCAAGGGAUACCAGUCGUCCGCUCCUCCUCCUCGUGCUCCCCGACACUCGCCAAGUCUAAAGAGCUUGAAGGAAUUCAUCAACCCUACCAAGCCAAAGAUUCCUAAGAGCAAAAGUAUCGCCAACCUCAAGGAGCCAUCCAGCGCUCCUCCCAUGCAGGCGGAGUUUCCGCCCCUCCCUCGGCCACAGCGGCGGAUGACGAGUAUGACCUCGCUGCGUCAGUCAAUUCGCCACUCGCUCGCGCUGAGCAACACUUCGGCGCCAGUAGAGAGCCCCCCUCUCCUUCCGCCUAACCCCCCAUACUUCCCCUUCCCUACCAGCGCGCCCUCUGCUCCGUCCAAGGAGUCCACGCCUUCAUCCCUCAGCAUCGUCACCUCCUUCCCUCUACCUCCCUCGCCUUCUUCAGCGGGACCAAUGUCCUCGGCGCCCAACGCUCCCCUUCCGCCCGUCCCAGCACCAAUCUCGCAACCGCUCGGCUCAGGCGACAUGUCCCGGAGCGCGUCCGGACACAAGCUGCUCCCCCGGUCUCGGUCGACCAGUAUGAGCUUGCGGUCACCGCCGACCAGCUCCAGCUUCUUUGACCUGUACGAGCAGCUGGGCAUCUGGCCGACGCCAGAGAAGAAUGAGGAAGAGGAGCGGGCCGCAAGCGUAAAGGCCGCCAAGCGGAAUAGCAGCCCGUCCAAGCUGGGUCGCUCGGCACCGGCUCAGACGAUAUCCAACUCGUCAUCGCUCGCCUUCUCGUCGUCCUCGUGGGAAGCAGCCAUCAGCGCGUUCCCCGUCGUCGAUGCGGAUGAGUCCUUCGGGAUCCUGUCAAGAUUUAGUCUCGACAGGCUCAGUUCUCAACCGGGCGACCUUACGGCCGAUACGGUCCUCAGCAACGUGGCUGUCGCGGCCAGCUCGGCAUCGUCCACUCGGACCCACACCGUCGCGUCAUCGUCUUGCACGGCCGGGCCCAGUCGGACGCAGGACAGGGCGAGUCAGCCGCUCGAGCCUGUACCAAGAGGCAGAAUGAGGCGGUCUGGUGGGGCCAGCGGCUCCUCUUCCCGCGAUGACAGCAGGGAGCGGAAACCGUCUCUACGGAGAGAAGGCCAAUGGGACAGAGACUCCUCGGACGAGUCAUCAGAGGAGGACGAUGUUCCGCUUUCAAAGCUGCAUCCAUCUGCGCUGGCGGCGCAGCAGGAGAAGAAGGCGCGGUCAGUGCAAAAGCGAGUAGAGCGGGUCAAGGCCAAGGCGAAUCAGAUCAAGCUGGUAGGUCGGAAUCCGGGCGGUGGAAGUGGGUGGAACGGGGAAGGAGGUGUACCUGCGGACAUCCUGAUUGGCAAGCUGGAGAGGCUGCUUCUGCCACGGGCAUCACCGAUCUCUGCCACUCCCAGCGACUAUCCCUGGGCUACUGCCACUCGACCGCCUCGAGUCCGGGAUGCAACUCAGCCGGUCCAGCUACAGCAGCCAACGCUGCACUUUGCUCAGCCACAUCAACGGUCCAACACCGAGCCGGUCCGUAGCACGACGCAGCGGGCUCCGCCUCGCCCCCUCGUGGGCAAUCUUACCACCUCUCCGCAGCUCAUGAUGGGCGAGGAGCGUCUGCCAUCCCCUUUGGUUGGGCCAAGCCGAUCAUCUUCCACCCGGCAUGGCCCACUCGUGCCCCCUCCUACAUCUCGCCCUACUGCGGAGAUGACCCGCAAUCCCUCUUCCAACUCCACCCACACCCAAGCUACCAUAUCCCGACUUCCUCCGCCGAUCCCCGGGGACUUCACCGUCGCCGCCGGCUCAUCCUCACUUUCCAGGUCAAAUACCACUGCGUCUAGGCGGUCUGUCUCGCGCCAGCGAUCCCGUUCCAAUUCGACCGCUCGGCAUGGCAUGCCUUCUGACGAGAAUAUGAUCCGUGCCGCGGCUGCCGAGCCGAUGCCUGCUUCGCGUGCUAUUCACGUCAAGGCGUUUAUCGGUACGCUGGAGGGGAAGAAGGUGACUCUGGAGAUUUAUCCGGAGACGACGCCUAGGGAUGUCUUGUCCGAGGCGAUGAGGAAUGGCGAGCUGGAGGAGCUGGGAAGAGGGAUGAGCUGGGUUGUGGUCGAGAUCUUUGCAGAGAUUGGUUGUGAACGGCAAAUACGGGAGUAUGAACAGCUCCAAACCGUCAUUCGCGGAUGGGACGCGACUGCAAAGUACAAUUGCCUCGUCAUCAGGCAGACCAUCAGCGGUUCUCCCACGCUCCAGAGGUCUAUCCCACAUACGGCGCCAUAUCUGGGUUCAUGGGUCCAGUACGAGAGCAAGAAGGGAAAGUGGAGCAAGCGGUGGUUGGAGACCAGAGGCGGGCAGGUAUUCUUGGCGAAGAACGAGAAGAAUAAGGAGGAGGUCCAGAUCAACACUCUCUUCUUCGACGUGUACCAAAUGACUCGGCCAUACCCAGGGCCAAAGCCAUUCUUCUUCGUGAUGAAGCGAAUUGACCCAGAAGCAUCAUUCCAGAACCCCGAAGAAUACCUGCACACAUUCAGCGCCGAGGAUGGGGUCGGGUACAAGCUUAUGGCGGCGAUAUACGAUGCCAAGAGCUUCGCGCUCCAGCCUCACCUUCUAGCCAGGCAAGGUCAGGCCCCGGUCACACGCAAGCCGUCACUGCCUGCUGCGGGGCCACUGGUCGCAUUAGGAGAUCUUAAGAAGAAGCAGGAGGAGAAGACGGGGUUUACAGGCAAGGGCUUGUUGCGGUUGUAG